CGGAGCUGCGGACGGUGGACCGACAACACGGCAAUGCGGGCCAAGAAGGGCAAAAACAAGGGGAACCGCUUCGGUUUUGUCUAAAACCCCAGUGGGUCGGGGGUUCAUUUAUUUGUGAGAUAUAAUUAAGCGGAUAUUUUGUCUCUAAAAAAAUCCACUCCAAAGAAGACAAUUGCUGGCUGGAAAAGCAAGGACCGGGGCGGAUAUUUCCCUAGGAAAACCCGACACCACAUCCGUAUUCCCAGCCCGCGGCAGUCGUGUGGAAUAGUCUACAAAAAUAAUGGUUGCUUGAACAUUUUUUUCUUUUUUUACAUAUAUAUAUAUAUUUUCGUGUCUUUUUCCCUUCGACAUAUUUUUAUAGACUCGCUAUGGUGGACUCCCCUACUAUGAGGAAGACUUUUGUGGUUCCAGACAUAAAGCCAUUGGAUUUGUAUGACUGCACUAAAUCAAAAAUAUGCGCAAGUGUCGGAUGGCUGUUGGCGAAAUCCUACGGCAGUGCAGAAAAUGUCCCUGCAGAGCUGCGUGACCCCUUCUACUGUGACCAAUAUGAACAGGAACAUCUCAAACCUCCAGUCACACGUCUCCUCCAGUCCUCGGAGCUCUACUGUCGCACCUACAGCCUUUUACUGGGGGGCACUGAAGCUGAGCCGCAGCCCAAAGACAAUGUUACUCUGUUGCAACUCCUCAUUCAGAGAGGCGUAGUGGCCAGAGACCAGGAAGCAGCAGUGACUGAUGCAGACCUCCAACAUAAACCCAUCAAAAUGAGUGCUCACCUGGCAGUGAUGGAUGCAUUGAUGGCUGUGGGAGCCAUGGAGAUGGUCACUGCAGUGAAGACACGUGGCUCUGCUCAGCUCCUGGGUGAUGCUGUCUGCUGGGAGGAUGCUCUGCUUCACUGGGUUGAUGGGUUAAACCAGAAGCUGAGGGAACGUACUGAAGGAGCCCAUACCGACUCAUCUCAGGCAGUUACAGAGCCCCAACCUGUUGAGCCCUCUUGUCCCACUCGCUGGUACUGGAAGCUUGUUCCUCUCCGAUACAGGAAGGAUAAAAUACAAUCCAAGGCAAAGCCAACCUUCCCGGUAGUGAAUGAAGUCAAAGAUCUGUCCAGUGGCUGCGCUGUUGCUGCAGUCAUACAUUACUAUUGCCCCGGUCUACUCAGACUUGAAGAUGUUUGUAUGAAGGACUCCAUGUCUGUGGCGGAUAGUCUCUACAACCUGCAGAUCAUCCGCGAAUUCUGUGACAGCUGUUUGAAGGGCUGCUGCCACUUAGCACUUGAAGACAUGCUGUACACGCCGCAGGAGCUUCAGCUGAAUCUGCUGACCUUCCUGUCAGAAUUGCUCUGCUGGUUCGAGGUACAAAGGCCAGAGUUUGUACAGCCAGUAGAUACUUUAGAUGGAUCCAUGCCAGCAACACAAAGCAGCUCGAGUGGUAACAGUACCUCCCCCUCCAUCUUCAAAAAACCUUUUCUCCCUAUUUCUUCCCCUGGAUCAGGAUCUCUGACUCAGUCUACCUCAAUGUCUCAUAUAGAAGGAGUUGGAAAGAUGUGGAGCAAGAAACCACUCGGCCGGCCGCUGUCAGCAGUUUCCUUCAGCAUUCCUUUCGGCCUGGACAGUGAUGUGGAUAUUGUGAUGGGCAAUCCUGUAAUAACCCGCUCUGUAAGCUCAGAUCAACUCAACCCAGCAGUCCAAAGCAUGACCAGGGUUCCUUACACCCACCCAGAAGACGUCAGCCAUUUCAUCAAAAAACCGCCGGAGCCCAAUGGUCCACAGAAAGGAGAGUGGGCCACCCAGGCCUCCAGUAUUCCAGCGGUGGAAGAGGAUAAUGACCUUGCAGCAAAUGAAACGGGAGAGCUUCCAACCAUCGAAGAGGCGCUUCAAAUUAUUCACAACGAGAGCAAGAUGGAGCCUCGCUUACACCCUGACGGCGCUCCUGAUGGCUUUUAUCUUCAUUCUCCCGAUGACCCUGCAAGUUCUAGUUAUAACAGCAACUUGAAACCCAUCAGUUGCUCUGCCCCAACACACUCAGGAAUGAUGUACCGGCCUCCGAGAGAGUCCAGAGAGUCGGCUCGCACCAGAAACGCCUCUGAAUGUUCACGCGACGACGACUCUGUCUUGAGAGACGGCAGUGUGGAUUCAGAUGCCUCAGAAGACCUGCCAAAAGCCCAGUCCACUCCAAACACACCUGCAUCGAAUGGAAACUCUGCCAGAGGCCACAGUAAAGAUGUGCCCGACAGCGGUGUGAAGAUGACCAGCUUUGCGGAACGUAAAAAGAGGCAGAGUAUAGAUUCUUCUAAAGCAAGCGACUCGUCUUCUCCUCAGAUGACCACCUGGGCGCAGAAGUCUGAGGAAAGCCCGAGCAAGAGCCCACAACUCAAUAAUGAGAUGACCGAGCUGGGGGUUCGGCUCGAAGAAAAGCGGAAAGCUAUCGAAGCCCAAAAGAAACGCAUUGAAGCCAUUUUUGCAAAGCAUCGACAAAGACUAGGGAAGAGUGCCUUUUUGCAAUUAAAGAAGGAGCAGAAUGAAGAUGGCUGUGAGGGGAACGGAGAUGGCCAGGUUAGCACCUCGUCCACAGAAGAUGACCUCUCUCGCUUGACUCUGGAGGAAAGACUCGCUCGGAUGGAGGAAGACGAGCAGAAUGAACAAGAAGAACAGCCCCCCUCUGAGGAGGGUGACAUCGAUGUCAAAAGAGGCCUCAUGCCCAGCAAUGAGGUCAUUCAGACCAAGGAAUCAGCAGGAACACCGCUAGAGAAGAACUUGGAGAAAACACCAAGUGAGAAAGCGGCAGCUCCUUUAGGAGACUACAACAAUGCUGUGUCCAAAUUAACUGCAGCACUUUCCUCACUGCAAAGUGACAUGCACCGACUGAGCGAGCAGCAGAAUCAGUUAAUCAAGAAGAAGGCAGUGACUUCCAGUAAGAAGUCUUGGGUUAUUCCAGCAAGCCCUAAAACAGCCAGCCCAACUCCUCCCCCUGCACGUCUGUCACGAGAAUCCACCCGAGGUCUAAACUCGACAUCCUCGUCUCCGUCUCCCUCCCGCAAAGUCACAAACCAUACCGCUGCCCCAAAGUCUCCACAUGUUCAUCGAAGAGCCCAGUCUGUACCACCUAAAAGCCCCAAACACAGUCGUCACGUGGACAUGAAGGUCCCAACGCUGUCUAGGGUUCUCAAUGCACCUCAAAACGUGGACCGUAUCCCCCAUCUUCGACGAGUAAAUCCUUGGCAAUCGCAAGUCCAGACGUCCUCCUCUUUCUCUAUAGGCGACUCUGAUAGUGCAGAUGAACUCCGCUCAUCUGGACCGACUCCUGCCCUCCCACCUACACCAACCCCCUCACAGAUGUCGGUGCCAGCAGCUCCUCCUGCGUCAGACGAUGCCCUGUCAGAGGUGGGCUCCAAUGACGGACAGAGUAUAUUUAGUAUGGACCUGGAUGCGGGGCCCUUGCAUAGUCCGUUGGCUAAGAAGGAAGGGCUCGUAAGUGGGGCCUGCAGCUCCGGUGCCCCAUCAGAGUGCUCGUUUGAGAGCGAUGCUCCCUUGGGGAUGUUGAAUGGCAAACGCAGCAGCUUGAUAGAGAUCUCGCUGGCUGGCUUACAAGGAGAUGUUGAGGAAAAUUCCCAAGACCCUGACGCUCUCUCGGAUUCGAUGAGUGACCGAACAGAGCCGGAUUCGAGAGCAGGAGUUGGCUUCUUUUUCAAGGAUCCCAAAGAUCGAACAGAGGAUGAGAUGGCCCAGCGAAAAGCAGCUCUGCUAGAGAAACAGCAGAAAAGAACAGAAGAGCUGAAGAGACGCAAACUUGAGCAAGAAAAAGAAAAGGAAGCAAACAAACCCCAGUGGAUGAUUAUUGAAGGCUGGGGAAAUAAGAGUGAAGACAGAGCCCGGACUCCUGGCAGCCCUCCAGACUCACGCACCCCGCCAGCAGAGGGGACGCCCCAGCGCAGAGGGGACUUCACCAGGCAGGAGUACGAGAGGCGGCAGCAGCUAAAGCUCAUGGAGGACUUGGACAAAGUGCUGAGACAGAAACCCACCACAGUCCGUGGUGUCAAGAAGCAGAGACCCAAGACUGUGUUCAGAGACGACUCCGUCCUCUCUCACAGCCCUGUCAAGGGUUUCAUGGGCACUAGGCUGAACAAGGUGUACUCCCACUCAACAAUGAACCUGUCCUCUAUGGGUCAUGACCAUGGCGGCCUGACUCCCAGGAAGUCUCCAAGCCGUUCACAUUCACCCUCCCGGUCACGACUGAUGUCACCAGGACGUAUGAGUGCACAGAAUGGAGAAAAGGACUGGGAAACUGGCUCCACCAUUUCCUCUCCUGCUUCCAUCCCAGAAUACACAGGGCCAAAGCUGUACAAGGAGCCUAGCUUUAAGUCCAACAAGUUCAUCAUCCAUAACGCCAUCACACGCUGCUGCCUGGCUGGCAAGGUCAACGAACCACAGAAAAACAAGAUUGUAGAGGAAAUGGAGAAGAGCGCAGCCAAUCACUUUCUCAUCCUCUUCAGAGAUACCAGCUGCCAGUUCAGAGCAGUUUAUACCAUGAACCCCGAAACCGAGGAGAUGGUACGCCUUACUGGCAUCGGCCCUCGAGUCAUCACACAGGAGAUGGUAGAGUCCAUUUACAAGUACAGCUCUGACCGCAAGCAGUUCACCGCCAUCCCGUCCAAAACCAUGUCCAUGAGUGUUGACGCCUUCACCAUCCCUGGACACUUUUGGCAGAAGCGUCCGGGAACCCCCAAAAAGCUCAGCACCCCAAAAUAAAGACUGACUUGCCUAAAAUGGCUUGGAAUGUCACCAUUCAGGGAAAUGCCUCCCAACUUGACAACUCCCAGUUUGGCCAGUACGGCGCUGCAGAUUUCUCAGCUUGACGAGCAGCUGAGAACAAGACUGAUCAGGUUUUUUGGCCAGUUAUCAACCUGGACAUGUAGAACAAUCCAGUCAACUAUAAAUGCAAAUUAAAUGGGUCACUGACUCAAUCAGGCUCUAUAUAGUGUACUCAGUUUGUAAAAUAAAUUGUGAUUGAUUACAUCAGGAUUUAAAAAGAAAAAAAAAAUCUCCCCUUGCCUCCUCAUGCCUUGCCUUACCCUGCCAUGUCUGAGUCAUUUAGUGACUUGAGUAGAAAAAAAAGAAAAGAAAGGGGGACAACCACACUGCCUUUGCCCACACAUCCAUAUUUUAGGGCACAAGUAGUUUCCACCCCUUUCAAUUCUGCUUGCUUUUCCUCUUUGCUGCCUUUUCUUCUUCCAGGGCUUUAUCUCCAGUCUACUGAGACGGCAGCUCAGCUCUCAGUUCUGAUUGAAGAUCCCAGCUGAAAUGUAAUGGCAGGUAACUCUGCUCUCUUGAAUGUAGGGCACACACUAACCACUCAUUCCAUUCAGGGGUGUUUUUCAUUGUUUGGUCUGGACCAGGAAAUGCCCUCGUGGGUGGUCCCUUUUGGAGGGUUGCACUGGUCGUGGCUACUGUAGUUGUUGGUGGACUUAAAAUAAACAAAAACAAAAGAGACUGCCUUCACCCCAAUCAUUUGUGCACUCGACUUCACUCCGACUCUCCUUCAUCUGAUGACAUCUGGAUGUGUUUUUUUUAUACUCUUCUGACAUGUUUUUGCUGGACAAAUUCAUUCAGACUUUGGGAGCUGAAAGAAGAAUGAAAUGUCAUGUGACCCUUUCUCUUUUUACUCGCUUUUCUCAUUGAAAUAUUAUCUGAGUUUGUCUCAAAAGAAUUCUGGAAACAUGAAGGAGUGCUUUAUCAUGUUUAUCAUUACCUGGAUACAGCUCUGUGUGAAAAUGAUAAUCAGUGCUGAUUUAAUAUAUAUAUAUAUUGAAUGCUAAUGACGACUUCUUUUUUUUUUUUGACAAUGAUUUGUAAAAAGUAAGUUGACCUUUGUAAGCUACAAAUAAGCUAGCCUGCUGCUUAAACAUUAGUGAGAUGUAUGUUUGAGAACAGAUGUGAAUGAAUGAGAAUGAAUAGAAAUUGUCAAAGAGCUGAAACUGCUUGUCUGCGGAUGAUUAAAUUCUUUAGGUCACUGAAAGUGUGUUUCCUGAUAUUCCCUGUUUGUGUGUCCUGGCAUAUGAACAGUAGGUUUCUUAAUGAAGGAUCUUCCUGGACUGUAACAGCCCUCAUCUGCCCCUCUGUAUCUAGAGACUCCUUCGUCUAUUAUUAGGGGAAUGUAAAAUGCCAAACAGCUCCCCCCUCUCUUUUACCAUUGUCCAUGUGUAUCAGGAGAAAACUAGCUCCACGGAUGCUUGCGAUAUGCAGUCAUACCACGAAAUCUGUGGGAAAUUAUCCCUCUUCUCUUCCUCUGCAGUCUUCAGCACUACAGCAGCUGCUUUAAUAUGGCUGUUUUGUUUUUUGUUUUUGUUUUGUUUUUUCAAAACAACUGACUGCCUCCAAGAAUUGUGAUGUUUGAAGGGGAUUCCAAUACAGAUGUGGGAAAAAUAAAAUGGUUGAAUGAAUGAUUUAAAUGCGUUUGUGAAGGAGUGCAUAUAGAAUUAGUGGAUGCUUGUAUUUAUGUAAUUGUAAAGCUUAAACAUGUGGUAGUGAUGAUCAUAUUUUGAUUCAGUGCAAUUCUUCUAUAGGAGUCCCCACAUCACCUAGAGGUGUAUUUAUUUGCUUUUGAAUUAGAUUAUGCAUUUAUUGUUUAGUUUCAUAAAUUCUUUUUUUCUUUUUCUUUUUUGGUUAAGGUUGAGUCAAAUUUUAAUUUCAUAGUUGUCAUAUUUUGUUUUGUUUCCCCUCCGUUGUCUAAUCUGUGCCAGCACGUUAUGUAUGUAUGUUAAUUUCAUAAACUGACUGUCUCUGGCAAAUGGACCAGAAAAAUAAAAUCUUUUUUUUUAAUCA